GCUUGCAAGUUUCAAAAGUUAAAGUUAGAUGAUUUCUUUUGGUUAUUUAGUUUAAUUCUUGUGAAAUCAUAUAUUAUCAUAUAUACCAUAUAUUCUUGUGAAUAAUAAGCUACUAGAAUAAUGAAUAGUUUACAUUUUCAUUCAUAAAUUGAUUGUAGUAAAGAGUUUCGCUGAUCAAAAUUUAUGAUAAAGUUUGGAACAAUAUUACCAACAUGGAUAGCUUACCAAGGAACCCUGUGAAAUUGUAUAUUCAAGACUUGUUUCGCGCCACACAAACUGAGAACAGAUUUAUAUAUGAACUAUUCGGAAUGCGUUUCAAAAACGUAAUGAUACAUGGUGUUGUAAAUUCAGUUGAAAAUCCAAGUUUAACAUCACAAAUUCUCGAGGUCUGUGACCCUACCGGUACUGUGAAUGUCUGUUAUUACUCAAAAAAUAUAAAUGCGACUGUGUCUGACAGGACUAUAAGGGAUUUGAAGAAUAAUUAUGUAGAUGCGUCAAAAUUCGGUGAUCCCAAUAUACAGAUAAUGACAACUAUGAUGGAGUGUAUUCUAGACAAAACUAAAUAUGCUUUUAAACAAGGUGACCAUGUUAGCAUAGUUGGUGACAUUUUUGUGGACAAUACGAAAAAUGUUCGAAUGGUCUCAGCAUAUAGUUGUGAGAAAACUUCGUUUGAAUAUGAUAUCGUAUGGAUGGAAGAACUUAGGUACUUGUAUGAUAAAUAUUACCUGUUAAAUAAAGAAUAAAGAUUUUCUAUACUGUUUU